ACAACCGCCCCCCGCUCCUGUCUCGACAACGCCGCUCGACCGCUCCUUGGCCACAUCCCUCUGCUCGCCGCCCUCAAUCCCGGAAGCCCAGCAUGUCUAUCGGUGUCCCCAUCAAGCUCCUGCACGAGGCCAUUGGCCAUGUCAUCACGAUCGAACUCAAAACUGGCUCGACUUACCGUGGGCAGCUGAUAGAGGCCGAAGACAACAUGAACGUCCAGCUGAAAAACAUCACAGUCUCGACACACGACGGCAAGGUCUCGCAGCUCGACCAGGUCUUUGUCCGCGGCUCCCAAAUCCGAUUCUUCAUCGUCCCAGAUAUGCUCAAGAACGCACCCAUGUUCAAGAAAAUAGGACCUGGAGCACACAAGGGCAGAGGCAUCGGGCUGGCCCGUGGCAAAGCGACUGUGGCCCGAGCCCAGAUGGCCCGUGGUCGGGGUGGAUUCCGUGGCCGAGGCCGUGGGAUGUAACCGAAUGUGUGCCCCAGCCGACUCUGAGCAAAACCAAUACACGAACUCCGUUUUGAUGUCCA